ACCAAAGAUACAUUCGAAUCUGUUGUUUUAAAAUCACCAAAACCAACCGUUGUCGAUUUUUAUGCAGAUUGGUGUCCACCAUGCAGAGCAUUAGAAGGACCAUUAAAAAAAACAGUCGAGGAAAAUGGUAAAAUUAAUUUAGUUAAAGUUAAUAUCGAUCAAGAACCAAAUUUAGCUGAAAGAUAUAAUGUUUCAAGUAUCCCACAUGUUAUUGGUUUUCAAGAUGGUGUACCAGUUUUCCAAUUCACUGGUGCUAUCCCACCAAAACAUAUCGAAAAAUAUUUAGAACAAUUUAGAAAUUAAGAAAUAAAAACUAAAAAUAAAUAAAUAAAUAAAUAAAUAAAUAAAUAAUAAUAAUAACAAUUAUAAUAAAAUAAAAUAAAUUAGGAAAC